UAAACUUGAAAAAAAAACAACAACGAUACAAGAUCAUUGAAGUAAACAACGUGUAGAGACGUCGCCCGCGCGCGCGCCCCUUCGAGCUUUUAUAAUAUAGCGCGCGGCAUAAGGAAGUCUUUAUAGUCUGUGCGCGCGAGUCGACGGACGCGCUCCCGCCUCGUCUUGCCGCUCGCUCGCGAGUCACAGGAAACUAUCGCGUACUGCCACGAAAUGAGCUGGGACCAGAAACGGGAACGCAACUGCGAGAAGCUGGAGAUAAAUGAGGCCGUCGGCAAGCUGCUGCAGUCCUUCAAUUAUGACACCAUCGUGCCUCAGCCCGCAAAAGGCGGCGGCUCAAUGCGGCGCGGGCACGUGAAGCGUCCUAUGAACGCCUUCAUGGUGUUUGCGCAGGCGAUGCGACGUCGUCUGUCAGAGCAGCGGCCUUCGCUACACAACGCAGAGCUCAGCAAGUCCCUUGGCUCCAUGUGGAAAAGUUUAAGUGAAGAACAAAAACUGCCGUUCGUUAAAGAAGCGGAGAAGCUACGGACUCAGCACAAAAAGGAGUACCCGGACUAUAAAUACCAGCCGAGACGCCGCAAGCCGCCGCCCACCGCCUCCUCGGCAGCGAGGCUCAAGCGAGAACCUUCCCCGGAAAGAGAACAAAUAGACUUCUCGCGGAUAGAUGUCGACGGACCAUUGCUGCCCGACGGACCGCCAGAUGGCGCUGAGCUAGACCAAUACUUGAAACCGACCACGAUACCAGAUUACCACGAAAUGCAACCACACUACCCUUCACAUGGAUUGCCAUAUCACGCCUCCGCUGUCUUCACUCCAGUCCCGUCACAUUUGCAUCCUCCUUGCACGGACUGGCAACAUUAUGCGCGCCCUUAAAAACAUCAAAAGCAUCCAAAUGUUACAAAUAAAAGAAAUUUCAUGUAGUCUGACUAAAUUAUCAGUGAUGUAAUGUUAGUGAAAAUUUAAAUUACAAAACAGUUUACCGAUCAGUUGUAAUUAUUAUCGAUGAUGGCGACACCACUCUCUUUGCAGAUAACUUGGCCGUUCUAUGCCAUCUUGUUAACUUUAGUGUGGUAGUAGGUAUCAAUUUAAAUGAAAACAUGGAUAAUUGAUAACUACGACUGCUGUGUUAGGUUAAGUUUGUAAAUAUAUAUUUAUAUAUGUUUUAUAUGAUAGUACAGCGCAACGACUACCGCGCACGUGCAUUUACUCAAAAGUAAUGUAAACACUUGCAAAAUAGGAGCGGUAAGUAUGUACGUAUACGUACUUACCUACAU